GUGGCCAACUUUACGAACGUUGCAGUUACUUUCAAGGGCAUCAAGCGUGCUUUAGUUGAGUUCAGCACCGAACUUAUCAUGCACCAGGUUCGUAUAUUUAUCCGGCGUGGUGGGCCAAAUUACGAGGAGGGCUUGCGCACUAUGCUAGAGCUGGGUGAGUUUCCAUAA